AUGCAUGCAGGUUCAACAGAGGAGCACAACACCAUGUACUCUAUUCCAAACUACACGAUCCCCAAGAGUCCAAAGAAUGUGGUCAUGAACAAAAUAGACUCAUGCUGGCGAGCCAAAACAAAUUGGGCUUCAAACCGUCAAGCCUUGGCUGAUUGUGCAAUUGGCUUUGGCAAAGAUGCCAUUGGAGGGAAAUUUGGUGAGAUAUAUGAAGUCACUGAUCCCUCUGAUGACCCUGUAAACCCAAAACCAGGCACACUUCGUUAUGGUGUAAUCCAAACACAGCCACUUUGGAUAACUUUCGCCAAGGACAUGGUUAUCAUGCUAGAGAAUGAGCUUAUUGUGAAUAACUACAAGACUAUUGAUGGUAGAGGAGCCAAAGUGGAGAUUGCAAAUGGACCUUGCAUUACAAUACAAGGUGUUAGCCAUGUCAUUGUGCAUGGAAUUAGCAUUCAUGAUUGUAAAUUAGGUAAGGCUGCCAUGGUGAGGAGCACCACUGACCAUGUUGGGUAUCGUGAAGGCUCUGAUGGAGAUGCCAUUUCUGUAUUUGCUUCCUCCAAUAUCUGGAUUGACCAUUGCUUUUUGGCUCGUUGCACCGAUGGUCUCGUUGAUGUUACUCAUGCCUCAACUUCUGUCACCAUCUCUAACAAUUACUUCACUCAGCAUGACAAAGUGAUGCUGCUAGGACACAACGAUGAUUACAGCACAGAUAGAAUAAUGAAAGUAACAGUAGCUUUCAACCGCUUUGCCCGUGGCCUAAUACAAAGAAUGCCAAGGGUAAGAUUUGGUUAUGCCCACGUGGUCAACAACAGGUAUGACGAGUGGCUCAUGUAUGCCAUUGGUGGCAGUGCCGACCCUACCAUUCUUAGUGAAGGGAACUACUUUGUAGCUUCAAAUGAUUAUGUUGCAAAACAGGUUACCAAGAGGGAAACUAGUGGAAACUGGAAUAAUUGGAAAUGGAGGAGUUUUCGGGAUGAAUUCUUAAAUGGUGCUUAUUUUGUGCCAUCUGGUUACGGAAGUUGUACCCCAUUAUAUUCACCUCCUCAAGCUUUUAUAGCGGCCCAAGCAUCCAUGGUGCCUUUAUUAACUCUCAAUGCAGGGCCACUGGAUUGUGUCGUUAACAAAGCAUGUUAA